AGAGCCCGCGCGGAGCCGCGCAACGCCCGCCGGGAGUCGGUCGGAGCCGCCAAGAUGUCGCAGCCCAAGAAAAGAAAGCUUGAGUCGGGGGGCGGCGGCGAAGGAGGGGAGGGAACUGAAGAGGAAGAUGGCGGAGAGCAGGAGGCGGCCCUGCCGCGACCCCGGAGGGCUAGGCGGGAGCGGGACCAGCUGUACUACGAGUGCUACUCAGACAUAUCGGUCCACGAGGAGAUGAUUGCGGACCGUGUCCGGACCGAUGCCUACCGCCUGGGCAUCCUGCGGAACUGGGCAGGACUGCGGGGCAAGACUGUGCUGGACGUGGGCGCGGGCACCGGCAUUCUUAGCAUCUUCUGUGUGCAGGCCGGGGCCCGGCGCGUGUACGCGGUGGAGGCCAGCGCCAUCUGGCAACAGGCCCGGGAGGUGGUGCGGCUCAACGGGCUGGAGGAUCGGGUGCACGUCCUGCCGGGGCCGGUGGAGACGGUGGAGUUGCCGGAGCAGGUGGAUGCCAUCGUGAGCGAGUGGAUGGGCUACGGACUCCUGCACGAGUCUAUGCUGAGCUCUGUGCUCUACGCGCGGACCAAGUGGCUGAAGGAGGGCGGUCUUCUCCUGCCGGCUUCCGCCGAGCUCUUCGUGGCGCCCAUCAGCGACCAGAUGCUGGAGUUGCGCCUGGGCUUCUGGAGCCAGGUGAAGCAGCUUUACGGGGUGGACAUGAGCUGUCUGGAGAGCUUCGCCACACGCUGCCUUAUGGGCCACUCGGAGAUCGUGGUGCAGGGUUUGUCCGGGGAGGACGUACUGGCCCGACCGCAGUGCUUUGCUCAGCUGGAGCUGGCCCGCACCGGCCUGGAGCAGGAGCUGGAGGCUGGGGUGGGCGGGCGCUUCCGCUUCAGUUGCUACGGCUCAGCGCCCAUGCACGGCUUUGCCAUCUGGUUCCAGGUGACCUUCCCGGGCGGGGACUCGGAGAAACCCCUGGUGCUGUCCACCUCGCCUUUUCACCCCGUCACGCACUGGAAGCAGGCACUCCUCUACCUGAACGAGCCUGUGCAAGUGGAACAAGAUACGGACAUUUCCGGAGAGAUCACGCUGCUGCCCUCCCGGGAUAACCACCGUCUCCUGCGCGUGCUACUGCGCUACAAAGUAGGCGACCAGGAGGAAAAGACCAAAGACUUUGCCAUGGAGGACUGAGCGUUGCCUUUUCUCCCAGCUACCUCCCGAGGCUCCCAGACCUGCGUGGUAGAGGCGGAGGGGGGUCGGAGGAGAAAGGGAGAUCCCACGUGCAAGUUUGUUUGGCAGUAUCAGCAUGGCUGUGUAUGUGACUGGACACCAGAUGAUCCAAGCCCUUUGGAGUGACAACACUUCCAGAAGGAUGAGAGCGUGACAUGCUCCAAUAUCCAGGCACUGUGCAGUCUCUGUGUGAGCUGGUACUGAUUGCCUAGGGUCAUUUGGACCACAGGAAGAACUGUCAGCCCUAAGGAGGGAAAAACAUGAUGAAGUUCUACCUGCUUUCUUCAGACAGCUUACAUUUAUUUAGCACUGUGAAACUUACCAAAUAUUUACUUAAUUCACUGGACCAGUGGACAUUUUAUUGAGUAUACCAGAUAACAGUCAUUGUGAUAAGCACUUAGGUAUACAAACCAAUAAAACAUAGUUUUGCUUCCAAGUAGGUAUGUUCAUAGGAUAAACCAAAAAGGAAAAUACAUCAACGAUAAUGGGCUACAUGGGAUGCUGUAGGUGUUAGGGAGGGCAAGUGAUUACCUUCACUUUAUAUACUAGGAAAAAGACAUAGAUACUGAAGGAUUUCCCUAAGGUUGUAUAACUAAUUCUUGACAGUUGAACACACGUAUCUUAAUUCCUAUCCCCAAACAACUUCUUAGUUUAAAAAAGUUCCAUUGGAGAUCUAUCUUGUAGGCCUCAAAGAGCCACCUUCAGUAUAUAGGAUCUAAAGGUUGACAUUAUUAGGUAUUCAUAAAAUAUACCAUGUGCCCGUUUCCCUAACAGGGCUAAGUGUGGCAUUCCUUCUGAGGCCCCCAAGAAACAAGGCUCACUGCAUUGGCAAAGAAAAGUCGAGCUCUGGCUAUAGGUACUGGCAUCCAAUGAAAUAAGUGUUCACUCAUUUAAUGAUUUAAUAAACACCAACCAUCUAACAAUUAAGUUCUAUGAUAAAUAAGCAAAUGCUACCCUCAACUUGGAUACAGUAGGGGAAUAAAAUUACCUACAUCAGUAGUUUGCACACAUUCUUUAACCUGGAAAGACAUCAUCCAACUAAAUCUCACCUCUGCUGGAGCAAGGUUGAGAAGCCAGCCCUUCUGUCGGCUCUAACCUUAAAAUUCCUCUCAAGUGCAAAAGUGUUACUUGUCAUCACAUAGAUUAAGAGAUCCUCAGAGAAAAAUGUGAUGGUAAGGAGGACGAUGAUUAAUGAGACUCUUUCUCAAAAUUAUUAUAUAUGCUUGUAGGAUAAGACAUUUGAAACAAAAAAUCUGGACCUUACUAAAGACAAAACUUUAAUAAAAAGACAUGACCAGUAA